GAAAGGCUCUUUCCGAUAUUUUUACGAUUGAUGUUGGUCAAGAAUGUGAUAUUGAUGGAAACAGAUUUCGUUUUGAUGAACUCAAGAUUUCACAUCUCAAGUAUCUUAUUUGGAAGAAAAAAGAAAUGAAACAACACUUCGAUGAUUUUGACAUUAUGAAACUGCCUUUGAAAGAGUAUUUUCCAGAUAUUAAUACAGCUGAUAAAUAUCUCAUUAUUAUAGAAGUGUCUGAUAAGUACGCACCUAAAGAGGGAAUAUCAAGGCUAGGACUGGAAAAUGGUUCUUUCUAUGAAGGCGUUAAUCUUAAUAGUGCUUCUAUAUGUCAGAGAGAACCAACUAUCAACAAACUGCUUGAAAAAGGAUUUGAAAAACUUUUAAGGAUAAAUUGGGAUGAUUUUCUUGAUCAAUGUGGUCAUAAAAAAACAUAUUUGAUUGUCGAUGAAGUUCAAAAAAUAUAUAGACGAUCAGAUGGAGAACCUCAUCAUGAUGGAGGUGUGUUUUGGAAUUCAUUUAAACGUAUAAUGCAAAAUCUACAGCUUUUUAUUGUAGCAUUGGCUUUUUACAGACAUUAUGGUGCUUAUGCCACUCGUGGAAAUCGUUCAGCCAUGGAUAUAUCACCAGUUAAUAAUCUUACUGCAAAGAACAAAUGGGGAUAUAAAGACGUUUGUUAUACUGAAGAAGAAUUUAAAAACUAUUUUGACCGAUUCUGUGGAACGUAUCUUAAAGAAGAGCUGGUAAAAGAUGACAUUCCAUGUCUUUUUAGCUAUUUGUCUGAAAUAACAGCCUAUAAUCUAGGCUUAAUUGCUUAUACUAUGGAUCAUAUUGGAGAAAGAUUUACCAAAAGGGGCAAUAAUUCUCUAUCAUUUGAUACAAUUUUUUCUUAUUUAAAAUCUCAAGACUUUGAUGAUCUUUUUAAGACUAUUCGUGCAUUUUCUCCAGUUACUGAUCUUUCAGACGAGGAAAGGGAAAUUGUUGAUUCUGUGCUCUUUAAAAAAGGAGGUCUAGAUUAUGAAAUAGAGAAAAUUCCAAAUAAUGGCUGA